GUUUCACCAGUCAGCCAUGAGCGGGAAGGAUGUUGCGACCAAGAUGAAGACACGGGUGAUCCUUGGUGAAGAUCGUAUUCUCCAUGGCUCGUCGUUUGAUGCGCCGACGUCGUUUGCGUCGGUCGGGGUGGAGAACGGGCUGAACGUGGAAAAGUUCACAGAGGAGGUCAAGGUCGAGGUGAAUGAUGUGUCGGAGGACGGCAACGACCUGGUGUUUGAGCUGUCGGGCGUCGACGCGCCGCUGGCCAACACGCUGCGGCGGAUCCUGCUCUCCGAGGUGCCGACAAUGGCGAUCGAGAUUGCCGAGUUCCGCGACAACACGUCGGUGAUCCAGGAUGAAGUCUUUGCCCACCGGCUCGGCCUGGUGCCGAUCAAGGCCGAUCCGGCGUUCUUUGAGACGCAUGUCUCUGGCAACGAGCACACUCCGGAGAACACGCUCAUCUUUGACCUCAAUGUCAAGUGCUUCCGUGACAUCAACAACGAGGUCGUCAACUCCAAGGUCUUUGCGUCUGCGCUGGUGUGGACACCGUUCGGCGAGCAGGCCGAGCGGUUUGCAGAGAACCCGCCGCAGGUUGUCCACCCGGACAUUCUGCUGGCCAAGCUGGCGCCCGGACAGCGCAUCGAUGUGCGAUGCUACGUGACCAAGGGCGUGGGCAAGGUCCACGCCAAGUGGUCGCCCGUCGCCACCGCCUCGUACCGCCUCUUGCCCGAGCCGGUCAUUGUGGCGCAGCCCAAGUCCGAGGAGGCCUCCCGCAUUGCACAGACGUGCCCAACCAAGGUCUUUGACAUUGAGGACUCGGGCGAGCUCGUUGUCGCUCGCCCGCGCCAGUGCACCAUGUGCCGCGAGUGCAUCCGUCCGCCGCCCGAUGCCCAGCACUCGGCCCACGGCGUGUACACCCCGGCAGUCGAGCUCCGUCGUGUCAAGACUCACUUUAUCUUUUCAGUCGAGAGCACCGGCAUCCUCCCGCCGGAUCGCCUUGUCCGCGACGCCAUCGGCGUCCUCAAGGACCGCGCUCUCUUCUACGCCGAGCUGUUCGACCAGAAGGACUUUGAGGAGCACAUGGCCGCCGCUUCGCACUCGGACGGAGACGACGAUGCCAGCGACGACGAGACCAAGCCCAUGCUCGAGUAGUGCAAUCUUGCUCGCGAGUGGCGUGUGAGAGCGGUGAGAGGAGAGAGAGAAAAAGAGUAAAGGCUGCAGGCCUCGA